AGAGGAGGUACUGAGGGAUGUCAAUUAUAUAUAUCAGUUCAGCACAUGGAGGUGACCAUGGAAACUGAAAUAGGAACUACAAGAAACCCGAGAGUGUUGGUAGGAUGCUGUCACAUCAACUUAAGACAGGUAGCACUCAAACAACUCUUUUCCACUGUCUAACUAUGGACUUCAUGGGUAUGUUGCUCUGCAUUCUGUUGGACAUCCUGUCCGUCAGCUGUCAAGAUGCGAUACAGGGACGCAUUGUGGGAGGAUACGCACCAGUUCCACAUUCAAUCAAGUACAUUGUAUCGCUACAGACGACAGACCGUCGACACUUCUGUGGGGGUUCCUUGAUAAAUAAGUACUGGGUAAUCACUGCAGCACACUGUGAUAUUGGGGUGGAUAAAAUGAUGAUAGUGGCUGGAGAUUACUCUCUGAUCAUCUAUGAGGGGACGGAGCAGGGAAUCCUACCCCAGCUGUUGGUGCCUCAUCCCAAGUACAGCAGCUCCACCAACAACAAUGACAUCAUGCUCAUAAAGCUGAGGGCCCCGGUGGAUCUGAACAGCUUUGUGUCCAUAGCCCUACUGCCCAAGCAGGGUGCCUCCAUUGCUGAGGGCAGACUGUGUCGGGUGUCUGGGUGGGGAUACACUCAUCCAGAAGGAGGCCAGAUCCCCUCCACCCUGCGCACAGUCAAGCUGCCCAUCAUCUCAUCCAAUAAAUGCAACAGCAGUGACUCCUUCAGUGGCAGCAUCACAGAAAACAUGCUCUGUGCAGGCUACAGUAUCGGCGGGAAGGACGCCUGUCAGGGAGAUUCUGGGGGUCCACUGGUAUGCGAUGGCCUUGUCUACGGCCUGGUCUCCUGGGGGAAUGGGUGCGCUGAUGCCCAGUUUCCUGGAGUCUACACUGCUGUAUCAAAGUACCGCAGGUGGAUAGACGACACGAUCUUUAGUUACUACAGCAGGUGUACCAAUUAGACACAAUGAGGUAGAAAAUCAGCAUCUCUGCUACAAUACAAGAACAGCCUGUCAUUGUUGACAAACAAUGACUUUGUUGGACAUUUUAACCCAGUCUGCUACAGUAUGAUAUUUUAUUGUGAAGUCCCGAAACUGUAGGUUACCCGAAUGUAAAGGGGGAACAGACAUCUCUACUUCAGACUUUUGCACCCUUGUGUCAAACUACCACUACAAGUUUGAAUUAUUGUCAUGUGCAUUGUUAAAUACUUACAGAAAAAAAGUUAUUAACCAUACCGCAACAUAUCAACAAUGAGGUGCCAUACUGCUGUGUGUUAUUCAGCGUUAGAACUUCUAGCCUAACCUCGUAGGAGACAGAAAAAUGUGAGUAUAAAAACCUUUAAUUACGUUUAGAACUACAAAUAAACUUUAUUCUUGGUUUGUUCAUUUAAAAUUGGCCAUCAUUUCAUCAAAAUUGAAUAUUUUAUCUCGGCCAGCACCUCUCAGAUGUCUCCCAUCACACGUUGGCUAUCGAGACCUUUUUUACAUGAGCACAAACUGAACAGCGAAUAACAGAUUAUGCUCUGUCUAUUCUAUGGCUCACAUUAACAUGACUCAGAGUGGUUCGUGAGUAGCACACUCUUCUGGUGAAUAUAUGUAAUAGCAACAGAACUUCACAAUAAAUACAGCAAUACAGUUGGCUUAUCAAUGACUUACAUUUACCUGAAGAAUUGUAAGAGAAUCCACUUCAUUUUGCAAAUAAAG